UAUAAAUAGGCGUGCCGUUAGAUAACGUAUCUCAUUUCGCGUAGCAUCUUACCCGCGCGUGCCCCGUAGAAGAAGGUCUACUGCUGAUUGUGUCAACCUAAGCUGCUAUCCUCCACACCGUCUUCCUCAUCUUCCUUUCUCACACUACUUCACCGUUAUCGUAUUCAGUGAUUAAUAUUAAAGUUCAAAUUAAGACGGAAGGGACACAACUAGAAAGUUUAGUAAGCCAGUCUUCCAGUCAUGGCGAAACGUGAAAUUGUGGAUCACGCUAGAAAUUUUGCCAUCAUGGUCAGAGUCCAAGGCCCUGACCCGAAGGGCCUGAAGAUGCAAAAACAUGCAUUCCAUCAGUAUCAUUCUGGGAGGACAACUCUUUCAGCAUCUGGAAUGAUAUUACCUGAAACCCUUUAUGACAGCAGGGCCACUAAGCAUCUUGGUAAUUAUAAGGAUCAAUUUGCAACAUUGGUUCUUACUGUUUCCUCCAUUUUUGAGCCUUUUAUGCCACUUCAACACAGAGAUACUAUUCACAAGGGAAAGCCUGAGUUAAUUCCUGGUGUUCAGAUUGACAUUAUGGUUGAGGGUAUCUCGAGAGAUUCUGAUGUUAGCAAAACUCCUCACUGGCAUGCUGCGCACUUGUUGGCUUUGUAUGAUAUACCUACAUCUGCCACUGCUCUUCAAUCAGUCAUGGAUGCAUCCUUAGAUUCAUUACAUCAGAGAUGGGAGGUCGGCUGGUCUUUGGCCUCAUAUACAAAUGGUUCUCCAUCUUUUAGGGAUUCUCUUCGGGGACAGAUUGAGAAUGAAAAGAGGACUAUUGUUGGUAGCCAGAGAUUUUUGGAUUUGGAAGGAUCUAACAAGAACAAUGACUUAACAAUAAGAAUCGCCAUUCUUGGUGUUACCUCACUCUCAAAGGACAUGCCAAACAUAAAUAUAUCUCCCUCAAGGCAGAGAGGAUCCUUUCUUCUUGCUGUUGGUUCUCCUUUUGGUGUUCUAUCACCGGUGCAUUUCCUUAACAGCAUAUCGGUUGGAUCAAUUUCCAAUUGCUACCCUCCUAGCUCAUUGAGCAAGUCAUUACUGAUGGCUGACAUGCGGUGUCUUCCUGGAAUGGAAGGCUGUCCAGUUUUUGAUGAAAAAGCACGUCUCAUUGGUGUUCUGAUUAGGCCACUUGUGCAUUAUAUGACUGGUGCUGAGAUUCAGCUGUUGAUUCCAUGGGGAGCCAUCGCAACUGCUUCCAGUGGUCUACUGCUAGGACCUUGUAAUGCUGGAGAAAGGAUUGACAACGACAAUGGGUGUAUUAGUGCUGUGGGGAAUUUGGCAGUGAAUAAGGAACAAAAAUUUGAGGAAGGCUUCAGCAGUAUUCAAGAAAGUUCUGCUUGUUCUCGUCCUUUCCCAUUUAAAAUUGAGAAGGCAGUGGCUUCUGUUUGUCUUGUUACAAUGGGCGAAGGAAUAUGGGCAUCUGGCGUUUUGCUCAACAGCCAAGGCCUAAUACUCACGAAUGCCCACUUGAUAGAGCCAUGGAGAUUUGGGAAAACAAAUGUUAGUGGAGAAAAAUCAAUUGAAAAUUCCAAGCUGCUGCAGUCCCGCACUGAGCAUUCUCCGUGUUCAAUGAAUAAUGGUGUUUUUGGCCAAAAGAGUGGAAAUAUAGAACCAAAUGCCUCUAAAAAUGGAAAUAUUCUUCUCCACAACCAACUUGAGGAUAAUAAGUUAAGUUUUGCUAACUAUGGCCGUAGAAACUUGCGUGUUCGCUUGAGUCAUGCAGAGCCUUGGAUAUGGUGUGAUGCUAAAUUGUUAUACAUCUGCAAGGGACCUUGGGAUGUUGCCCUCUUGCAGCUCGAACGAAUACCAGAGCAGCUCUCCCCUAUUAUAAUGGAUUGUUCUUGCCCAUCCUCAGGGUCAAAGAUACAUGUUAUUGGACAUGGACUGUUGGGACCGAAAUCUGGCUUGUCCCCUUCUGUUUGCUCUGGUGUGGUGUCUAAUGUGGUGAAAGCAAAGAUUCCCUCAUCUUAUCACAAAGGAGAUUCAUUAGAAUAUCUUCCUGCGAUGCUUGAAACAACCGCUGCUGUGCACCCUGGUGGUAGUGGGGGUGCUGUUGUCAAUUCAGAAGGCCAUAUGAUUGGACUUGUUACAAGCAAUGCAAGGCAUGGGCGAGGAGUUAUUAUUCCACACUUGAACUUCAGCAUACCAUGUGCAGCUUUGGAACCCAUCCAUAGGUUCUCCAAAGACAUGGAGGACCUCUCAGUUUUAAAAGUUCUGGAUGAACCAAAUGAGCAGCUUUCUUCUAUAUGGGCAUUGAUGUCACAGCGAUCUCCCAAGCCCUCUCCUCUGCCAGAUCUGCCUGAAUUGCUAGGUGAAGACCAUGGAUCAAAAGGGAAAGGUUCUCGAUUUGCAAAGUUCAUCGCCGAACGGCGUGAAGUACUCCGAAAGCCAACUCUUCAUAACGAGGGGGAAAGGCUGCUUCCAUCUGAUAUAACCCGUAGCAAGUUAUGACCAUUGUUAAAACAAGGUGCAUUGUUCAAUAUCUUUUUAUGGGAACUGCUGGUUCAGCGUUGCUUUUGGUUUCGGGUAUUGAGGUAUAAUUUUAUUCUUUAUCUUGAUAUGGACAUUACACCUUAGAGAUGAAAGACAUCUAAUCAAUUAUUUUUUUUAGGGAUAGUUGCAACUAUAGCAAGUAGAUUCGAAAUAAUCAAACAUAUAGUGAUAUUUUAUAAACAUUAUUUGCAAAGUCUAAUAAUAUUUUGAAAAAUUGUUGUAUACUU